AUGGAGAAGGAUCUGUCUGAGUACAACUGUCACCAGCAACGCCAGGGCAGUAUUACCAUUAAAUUUUCGAAGGUGUACGCGAUAUCCUUUUCCUGUCGGAGGACAAGCCAGGGGCGGUCAGGUCUAUUCAAUAGCGGAACACCCACGGCAAUAUUCACUGCAUACUGUGAUCAAGAGACUGAUGGAGGUGGCUGGACUGUGUUUCAAAGAAGACAAGAUGGCUCAGUGGACUUCUACCGUGACUGGAAUGCAUACAAACUAGGAUUCGGAUCAGCGGCUGGAGAGUUCUGGCUGGGUCUAGAUACACUACACUAUAUGACAUCACAAGCGGGUAGUACAUAUGAGCUGCGUAUUGAUAUGGUGUUCAAGACAACUGGAGAGAAGCAUUAUGCCAAGUGGUCAGCAUUCCGUGUUGAAGGUGAAGCUAACAAUUACAGACUACACGUUUCAGGAUUCUCAAGCCCUACCUUGGUGGACAGAAUGAGACGCCACAAUGAACAACAGUUCAGCACUCGGGCUCGUGAUCAUGACAAAUUGACAGGGGACUGUUCCAAUUCCUACAAAGGUGGAUGGUGGUACAACCGGUGUUAUGAUGCAAACCUCAAUGGAGAGUAUGGACUUCACGAUGGAUUACCACGUGGUAUAGUGUACAAAUAUCCCGGAAACAAUUACUCGAUUUUGAGGUUCGUGGAAAUGAAGCUACGAAAGCAGCUCUAAAGCUCAAAUCUACUCUCCUGGUGUAUUCUAGAGCGACAUUAACCAUUUCAAGUUUUCAUUGGCUUACCAAUAUCACAUUCCGGCUCCAUUAGAGUUUUAGUUCUUUCUGUCACUGGCUCCGUGAAGAGAUUUUGGAGGGUAGCAUUGUGAUAGUAGGGUCUGUUGGCUUCGUGUCCAAGAAGUCACAUGUAUAUUCAUUCGCUUAUGUAGCCAGGAUCUAUGUAUUCAGAAAGAGGUACACGAUGUUGCACAUGCACGUUUCACUUAUGUUUAAACUACUUACAUGUACAUGUACAUCUUCACGUUCACUUUAUAAACUUUCAUAACCCACGGAAUGUGCGAUAUUUUUUUAGUUCGCCUCCUUUUCCUUCUCAGUAAUUUCAUUCAUUGUUGACUUCAGCGCCUUUCCUACGUAAUUGUUUUAAAAUGCAUUUGUACUCGA